AUGGGUAACACAAACUCUCCUUCGGCCGUGAAUCUCUCCAAAGUCUUGAAUCGUUACGAUUUCUUCUCCGAUGGUUCGCCUCCUCCUAAGCUUUCUCUCUCCUCCAAUCAUCUCAGCUGCUGCCGAAAAGUUUUGGGAGGUGGAUGGUGUGACACCAUUCGAAAUUUUGUAUACCGCAAAACAAGCCGUCAUGGAUCUUCUAAGUACAUGGACAAAAAUAUACCUUUUACAGGAAUUCUAAGUGACCAAUCCGCGGAGAAUCCAGACUUUUAUAACUGGACGAGAGUGAAAGUUAGGUACUGUGUCGGUGGAUACUUUAGCGGAGACAGCGAAAAUAAGGUUAGCUAA